AGUACUGUAAAAGCAAAGAGUCCGGGGUGAGUGGAAAAAGGAAAUACAAGUAGGUGGGAGUGUUCAAGAAACUCCAUUCCACAUAACCUGUUUCAUAAAUGCUCAACUUUAUCUCAUUUUUCAUUUCAUUUCCUAAUUUAAAGCAUUUUCAUUUCACAACUCAUAAGGUUCCUAAACAAACAAAUGCAACUAUAGUGUGCUUUGCUUUGUCACCACAAUAUGAGUUCUAACCAAAAACAACAUCAUCAUGAACUUUCUUCUUGUAAAAGAACACUUUCUCUUCCAGUUCACAAGGAAAAUCUUUUGAUGGAAAUACCCUGCAAGUCAUCAGAAGAAUCUUGUUCAUCAUCAUCAAAUGAUUUUGUUGCAAUAAAGAUGCCAUUAACACCAAGUCCACCUUCAACACAAAGGAGGGUGAAUUUUCUUGUUACAUCACGUUCUGUUGAUGCACCAAUUGAUAAUAAUAUCAAUCUUGGAAUUUCAACAACAAGAGCAAAAUCAUCAUCAAAUAGAAGUAUAUUACCAAAAUUGAAUUUCAGGUAUAAUAGGACUUCAUCAUCGGAUAUUGAAAAGGCGGUAAUUGGAGCGCCAGCGCCAGAAAGUUCUUUUGUAGGGCCUCAUGAGAAGCCUUCAAUCUCAGGAUCAGUGUCUUUGAGUAAGAUAUUUAAUCCUAAGAUUAAUAGGACUUCAUCAUUACCUGUUGAAGAAAUUGGACGUGUUAACACUGAGUUUGCUUUUGGUGGAUGUCUUGGUGCUUCUCCUUAUAGAAGCCAGGGGACGAUAGCUCGCACUCGUUCAGAGCCGGUAGAUAGCCAAGAAAAAAUUACAAGGAAAAUGGAUAAGUUUUUCCGGGUUGUUCCUUCCACCCCAGGUGUAAAGGAAGUGAAAGAAUGGUUAAAAACGUCCACAGCAAAGGAUACUGAAAACGACGGUGAUGACGGUGAAGAUAUAGCUGAAGAGGAAGCUGUGUGUAGAAUUUGUCUGAUUGAGCUAUGUGAAGGAGGUGAGACAUUGAAGAUGGAAUGCUGUUGUAAAGGUGAACUUGCCUUGGCUCACCAAGAAUGUGCAAUUAAGUGGUUUAGUAUCAGAGGUAACAAGACCUGUGACGUAUGCAAGGAGGAGGUUCAGAACCUCCCUGUCACUCUCUUACGGAUCCAAAGUACUCAAACUCAGAAUCCGGGAGCAAGGCCUCACCAGGAAGAUGACUUCAGGGUUUGGCAGGAGUUGCCUGUGCUUGUCAUUGUCAGCAUGCUUGCUUAUUUCUGUUUCCUCGAGCAGCUUUUAGUUGGGAAAAUGGGAACCAAAGCAAUUUUCAUUUCUCUUCCAUUUUCAUGUGUACUCGGUCUAGUCUCCGCUAUGACAUCUACAACCAUGGUGAGGAGCAAGUUCAUCUGGCUUUAUGCAUCUGCUCAAUUUCUUUUGGUGGUUCUUUUCGCGCACGUAUUUUACCCCUUGUUUGGAAACCUGCAGGUUGGUAAGCAAGCAGUUUUGGCAAUUCUUCUUGCAUCAUUUGCUGGGUUUGGUGUUAUGAUGAGCGGAAGUUCAGUUAUUGCGGAAAUACUCAAAUGGAGAAGAAGAUGGCUGGCUUACUCAGAGCAGCAGCGUCGUGACUCUCAAGUGAUGACACAAGAAGGACUAUAUCCUCAAGGUGUAAUCACCCCACAGUCAAGUCUUCCCAAUCACAACCAAACCACAGUGCAACUGCAAAAUCAACAGAAUUCAAGUUUAUAACUGAAUUGAAGUCUAUAUUCAUUUCUUCAAAACCGAUUGUUUAGGCGAUUAAACUCUAGCAGAAUUUUACUAAUGUGCAGGUACACUAUAGUACAUUGUGCUUGCUACAAUAGGGAACAACUUGGGACAAUAGGUUUCUAUGGAAAUAUUUUGUUCUUUUCUUUGGUUAAAGCAUCUUAUUAUGCAUUCUACCUUGGUAGUUGGUAUGCACUAUGUCAUAUUCUACACAAGAUAUUGUUACUAGUAUAAGAUAACCUUUGUUGUCUAUUACUGCUAGAAUGGAAGAUUGAGUUUGUGUUCUAAUAUUUCACCAUAA